ACAAUGCUCCCCUCUGCCCCACUCUGAGAUCCCUGCAUGGCAUACUAGCAUCCAGGGGUGGUACCUGUGGUGUGAGAGAGGGGGGGGGGGUCAAAAGCUAUUUGUGUUGAAUCUUAAGCUUGCGGUCUCAACCAUCCCACAGUGAGAGGCAUCUAUGCUGUGUGAAAGGAGGACCUGACUUGCUUCAAACCCAGACCAGGUACUGCGGCACUGCUAUCAUCCACAGCACUGAUUCCAACAGGAAGCAGAGACUUGGACUGGACCAUGGCCACCAAGGAAGUUAACAGAGCACAGGUGGUUAGAACCAUGAAGAUGCGUACUUCUCUCAAGGGAGACGGCAGCUGGAUCCGUAGAGUGACAGACCCAGAUGAAGAAGAGGGAAAACCACGUAAGCCAGAACUUCCAAAGAAACCCACUGGUCUCUUUUCAGCUGAAUCCAGCCCUGUUACCUCUCUUGCUCCAUGCAACCCCUACAGUCCUACAGUAACACCAGAUGUUGACCCACUGACCCCUGAGGAAAUCACCAAAUGGUCAUUGACAUCUAGCAGGGUCAGACCCCUGGCAAAGUCCUAUGUCCUCUCAGCAGCUAAGAAAUUUGAAUCUCUGGAUUCCCCAACGAGCCCCCCACCAUUCAAAAUCAGCCAGUCACAUUUCCCUAGAAGUAGGCCUGAAGAGUUGUCAGAAGCUGUGGAGGAGUCGGACCCACCAACAGCAGAAUCAAAAGACAAAUCUCUUGGGAAACCUGUGGAACAACCUGCAGUGGAGGAAUCUGUAGAUGCACCUGCUGACCAACCAGAGGCAGCAGAGCCCUCUGAGACAACGACUGAGGAACCUGCAUCUGUGGAAGAAGCUGUUGGAGAACUCAUCGCAAAACUCACUGCAGAACCCACCGUGGGACCCACAGUGGAACCAGCAAGUGAAAUCCAAUCAGAAGAGGCUGCUGUAGAAUCAGUCUUAGAACUUGUAGUGAAACCUGUUGACAGUGUUUCUGAAGAACCUGCAGUUAGGCCAGCGGCUGUGGAGGCAAUUGAACUUGUAGUUGAGCCUGUGGCUACAGUUAAACCUGUAGUUGAGCCUGUGGCUGCAGUUAAACCUGUAGUUGAGCAUGUGGCUACAGUUAAACCUGUAGUUGAGCCUGUGGCUGCAGUUAAACCUGAUGUUGAGCCCGUGGCUGCAGUUAAACCUGUAGUUGAGCCUGUGGCUGCAGUUAAACCUGUAGUUGAGCCUGUGGCUGCAGUUAAACCUGUAGUUGAGCCCGUGGCUGCAGUUAAACCUGUAGUUGAGCCUGUGGCUGCAGUUAAACCUGUAGUUGAGCCCGUGGCUGCAGUUAAACCUGUAGUUGAGCCCGUGGCUGCAGUUAAACCUGUAGUUGAGCCCGUGGCUGCAGUUAAACCUGUAGUUGAGCCCGUGGCUGCAGUUAAACCUGUAGUUGAGCCCGUGGCUGCAGUUAAACCUGUAGUUGAGCCCGUGGCUGCAGUUAAGCCUGUAGUUGAGCCUGUGGCUGCAGUUAAGCCUGUAGUUGAGCCUGUGGCUGCAGUUAAGCCUGUAGUUGAGCCUGUGGCUGCAGUUAAACCUGUAGUUGAGCCCGUGGCUGCAGUUAAACCUGUAGUUGAGCCCGUGGCUGCAGUUCAACCUGUAGUUGAGCCCGUGGCUGCAGUUAAGCCUGUAGUUGAGCCUGUGGCUGCAGUUAAGCCUGUAGUUGAGCCCGUGGCUGCAGUUAAACCUGUAGUUGAGCUUGUGGCUACAGUUAAGCCUGUAGUUGAGCCUGUGGCUGCAGUUAAACCUGUAGUUGAGCCUGUGGCUACAGUUAAACCUGUAGUUGAGCCUGUGGCUGCAGUUAAACCUGUAGUUGAGCCUGUGGCUGCAGUUAAACCUGUAGUUGAUCCUGUGGCUGCAGUUAAACCUGUAGUUGAGCCUGUGGCUGCAGUUAAACCUGUAGUUGAGCCUGUGGCUGCAGUUAAACCUGUAGUUGAGCCCGUGGCUGCAGUUAAACCUGUAGCUGCAGUUAAACCUGUAGUUGAGCCCGUGGCUGCAGUUAAACCUGUAGUUGAGCCCGUGGCUGCAGUUAAACCUGUAGUUGAGCCUGUGGCUGCAGUUAAACCUGUAGUUGAGCCUGUGGCUGCAGUUAAACCUGUAGUUGAGCCUGUGGCUGCAGUUAAACCUGUAGUUGAGCCUGUGGCUGCAGCUAAACCUGUAGUUGAGCCUGUGGCUGCAAUUAAACCUGUAGUUGAGCCUGUGGCUGCAGUUAAACCUGUAGUUGAGCCUGUGGCUGCAGUUAAAUCUGUAGUUGAGCCUGUGGCUGCAGUUAAACCUGUAGUUGAGGAGUCAACAUCUGAACGCAUCAUCGAAGCUGAAGCUGUGGCUGAAGCAGCUGUUGAAGUUGUUCAGGAAUUAUCAGCUGCUAUUGAACUUGAGGAGGCAUUAGACGUGGAGCUUCCUGCUGCUGAAGUCGUGGCAGAUGAUAUAAUAGCACCUGCAUCAGAACCUACACCAUCCCCUUGUGGGGGUCAGGUUCCAUCACUCAUUCAGCAACAGGAGGAUGCUGAACCACAGCAUCAGAUAAUCCAUGACUUUCGUCACACCAAGGAUGGCAAAGCCAUUUGUUCAUACUGUGACAAGCCAAUUGAUGGAAAUGUCAAGAUCACAAUCAAUUACCCACAAAUCUACAGCCACCCAGACUGUUUUAAGUGCGGAUUGUGCAGUAAGGCCUUGGGGGACAUGACGACCUCCAUGUUCGUGCAUGGGAGCGUGAUCCACUGUGAUGGCUGCUUUAUUAAAACCAUGUAGGCCCCAGGGCUUCUCAUCACCUUGACACAGAGGGCACAACAGUGUCAUCCCUGGAACAUCCCUGUCACCAACACAACCAUUUUGACAGAUUACUUGCUAACACUGUUCAAUUUCUUUUUGUAAGAUGUUAUAAUUCCAGAGUUAUCAUAAAUUUUCCUUCCCUGACACUGAAUGCCAUUCUUUUGUGAAUGUAAGACUUUUUUUCUGUAAACAAAUAAUUAUUUUUUUCCCCAUUUUUAUUGUGUUUUCACCAUGUGGAGGGCAUGUAUAUCUUUAAUGAGAAAAAAUAUAUAAAUGAUUUAUGACCGUU